AGCACUUAUAAGCGCAGGUGCACCCAGGUGUAAGCUGAUCCCCCAAGGGCUGCAAGCGGCGAAGGGUGACGGCAACAGUUUCGGUCCGUGGGUUCUUCUCCGCCAUUGCCUGGAGCACGGCAGCAGAGCGGCCACCAUGUCAAUGGGGUUGGAGAUCGGCGGGGUGGCCUUGUCGGUGCUGGGUUGGUUGUGCAGCAUUAUCUGUUGCGCGUUGCCCAUGUGGAGGGUGACGGCCUUCAUCGGCAACAACAUCGUGACGGCCCAGAUCAUCUGGGAAGGGCUGUGGAUGAACUGCGUGGUGCAGAGCACGGGGCAGAUGCAGUGCAAGGUCUACGACUCCAUGCUGGCCCUGCCGCAGGACCUGCAAGCCGCCCGUGCCCUCCUGGUGGUAGCCAUCGUCUUGGCCGUCCUGGGCUUAAUGGUGGCCAUCGUGGGCGCCCAGUGCACCCGCUGCGUGGAGGAUGAGAGCACCAAGGCCAAGAUCACCAUCGUCUCUGGCGUCAUCUUCCUCCUCUCUGGCGUUAUGAACCUCAUCCCCGUCUCCUGGUCGGCCAACACCAUCAUCCGGGAUUUCUACAACCCACUGGUGAUCGACGCGCAGAAGCGGGAGCUGGGCACCUCGCUCUACGUGGGCUGGGCGGCCUCUGCCCUCCUGAUGCUGGGGGGGGCCCUGCUCUGCUGCUCCUGCCCCCCCAAAGACGACAGGUACCCCACCGGAAAGGUGGCCUACUCCGCCCCGCGCUCCGCCGUCACCAGCUACGACAAGAGGAACUAUGUCUGAGCCCUCCGGGUCCCCCCGGCAUCCCCCACAAACCCCCACCCUGUCCCGGGACCCUCAUCACCCUCCACGGGGCUGGGACAGGCGGCAGCG